AUGGAAGAUAGCAAAAAGCGCGCAAAUCUGGAAGAAAAGAGAAAGACCUUUGAAGAUUACAACUGGAAAGCUAUUUACAGGGAAGGAAAAAUAAAGAAACUGAAAGUUGCUGUAUUGGACAUGUAUAUAUCAAUGAGAAAUUUGAAGCAGUCGAAAGGGGCGUUAAAGCAAGAAAAAGUCGAGAUCGUAUCACUUGACAUAGCAAAGUCGCUAGUCCCUGAUAACCGUCAACUUUCUGAUGAUGACAGAGAUAGUAACGACCAGGAUUCUGGUGACGACGAUGUUGUCGUGCAGGAGAUUGGAAGUGAUGAGGAUGAUAUUGAUUCCGACGACGAUGAAGGACAAAUUUAUGAAGGUGAUGCGGGAGAAGAGGAGGAGGAGGAGGAAGAGAACAUUUCCAACCUUUUGCAGACCACAGGAUCUGGUAGAGUUUGCCGGACAUGGAAGGGACGAGCCAAUGCUAUAGACUAA